AUGAUGACCAGCGUCGUCAUCCCCUCCAAGACUCCUGGUCUGCGGAGGUAUUCUUACAACAACGACCUUACCCCUCCGAUUCCCCCGCGACGUAACUCCCUAGCCGUGCCGCCCCUCAAGCUGACAGCCGUUACGCAGUCUGGCGGGAUGGACUCGAGGUAUUACCGGCCCUCCUCACCGCGGGCCCGGCUAUCAAACCCAGCGAGAUCGUCGACCGGCACCUUUGACCCAAACUACGACUCGGCAUACUAUGCACGCCCGCGUUCGCCCAGGUCAAGUGCCGACAGGAUCCCAGGCGCCCACCACCCACAAUACAGCUAUGCCCCGAGCAGCUCGUCUGGCUCGCGCUCCUCGAACCUCAAGUACGACUCAUAUUCAGGACGACCGCGGCGGAACACGCUGAAUGAGUCCGACGACCGCUUGGUCAGGCCCAACCUGCCCAACGUCAAUCUUGCGCCGACCGCGGCUAUUCCCAUCCGCACUCACGGGCUCCAUGGCCAUCACGAACGUCCAUCGAGCCCUCUAGCGCAGUCCUGGGAUAGUCGCGGAGAUACAUACAUCACGCACGGUGCCCCGCAGCGGCGAGAGCACAAGCGGAUAUACAGUGUGGAUGACGAUAGUCUUCAGUCGAAGCUCAUCUCCGAGAAGGACAUCAUACCAGCAGGCCGUCGAGAUGCGGGUGACUCCCGGCCCUACAGUACCUCUAGUGGCGGCAGGACCUAUCAUCAGCAUAAGCCUCUUAUCCGGGCCACCGACGUCGGCGAUGACGGCUAUUCCUACACGGAUCCAGCGAGCAUGUAUCGUGACACCGAGCCAGCAUGGCGGCGGCCACGAUCCGGCAGUAUAGAGCGCGGGUCGCGCCCCACCAGCAUGAUUUUGGAUCGUGGUCCGCGCACCUCCAACCGAGAACUGGGGCCUCCCCCAUCGACUCGCGGAUUCGACAAGAUCAACAAUCUUGGCAGAAACGGCAGCCAACACCACGCCCGGUCAUCGUCUAUUGAGAAGGCCAGCAGGGAUGUUCCCAAGUACGACCCUUACCCAGAGGCAAUUCCCACACGCUCGUCUUCAACCCGUCAUCCUGCGGCCACCAUCCACCAAGAGCCUCGGGAGCAUCGGCGAGAGACAUACCAUGACGAGUACGACCGCCGAGAUAGAGAUGUCGAGAAUCGGCGCUACAACACGGCCGACCGGUUCGAAGACCGCGACGUGGCUACCCGCGGUUUCGGCAUUGCUCCGGGAAGUUCUAGCCUUGCACGUGACCCGUCACUUGACCGCCAGCCCAUUUGGAAUCCCCAAGAUGCGGGGCGGAGGCCGGAAGAAUAUGGCAACCAGUACUAUCCUUCAGAUUCUGCGGGUGCCCGAAUGCCAGAGGCUCGGAUCCCACGCGAACCGCGCGAGCGAGAUAUUGCUCCAGCGUACGAGGAGCGUCCAAGAGAGCGAGAUCCAGACCGCCGUGACAGCAACCAUAUCGCUCCUGCUGCCGCGCCCGUUGCUGGUGCAGCUGCUGGCGCGGCUGCAACAUAUGGCGCUGCUGAGCUCUUGAAACCGCGAGACCGAGACCGAGAUCGUGACCGUGACCGUGAUCGUGACCGUGAGCGAGAUGUGGAGAAAGAGCGUGAGCGCCGUAGGGAGCGGGAUGAACGAGAGCGGCGUGAUCGAGUUCCCGACGAUCGUCGUGAUGACAGGCGCGAUAGAGCACCAGAGGAGCGUCGAGACCGAGCGCCCGAAGAGCGUCUGCCACCUGCCGCCGCUGCCGCUUACGCUCCAACGCAAGACGCGGAUCGCAAGUCUCGUGAGCGCCGAUACGAAGAUGAGGAUCGCGAAAGGAGGCCACGGAAGGCACCUUCGGAGGAGGAAAGCGGUGAUGAACGACCUCGUCAUUAUGUUGACAGAGAUGCUGCUAGAGAGAGCGAGCGCCGGAAGGAUCCGGCUCCUCAGGAAGCCGCUCUGGACCCCGACGAAGAAUACCGCCGACGCGUGGCCCAGGAGAUGGCGCGAAGUGGCCGACCUCGCGAUCUCAGUGAUGAUGAUCGGGAAACGGAACGCCGAAGACGAAGGGAAGAGAGGGAGAAGUCCCGCGAUCCUAUCGACCACCGCCCUCGUCCGCCUCAGUCGAAUGUUGCGGAACCGCCACAUUCUCGUUACGAUGAGCGUUCAUCUAGCGUGUUCGAUAAAGAUAUCGUGCAGGAGCCUGACUCGCUCAACCCAGCGUCUGAAAAGCAAUCGAGCAAGUCGGUUCAGAUUGUCGCUCCCCCCAAGGAACCUCCACCUCAGCCUAAGGGCAUUCUUCGCAAGCCGACCGCAAAGUUCCCCGAGGAUCCCGAGCCUAUCCGGGAGGGUGUUGCCCCGCAUAAGAAUGCGCUGAAGGGCAAGGACAUCCCAGUUAACGCUCGAUGGACCAAGAUCGAUCGCAGACUCGUUAAUCCGGAAGCCCUCGACGAAGCUAAGGAACGUUUUGAGGAGCGGUUGGACUGUGUUAUCGUCUUGAGAGUCCUGACGAAACAAGAGAUUCAAAAGCUGGCCGACCGGACUAAGGAGAUUCGCGAAGCUAGGGAGGAUGAGUACGACCAUCAUGAGCGUCGAGAUCGCGACCGACGAAGCCACCGGAGUCAUCGCGAUGACGAGGACAGGGACCGACGUCGGGGCGACUACGACGACGAUAGCGAUGACAAUGAUGUCGGACGCGACCGAGGGCGCGACAGGGACCGAGAUCGACCUCGGCAGAUUGAGCCCCCAAGGUGA